CAUUCUCCUCCUCUCCAUGGAGCCGGAGGGAGCAGGGUAAGAGAGGGGGAGGCAGCAGGGAGAGACUCCGGGAGAGACCAGAGCUUCACACCUCAAGAGUAACUCCACUAAGGCUAAUGGAUUUGAAGAGAGUCCUGUCCUUCCCACCAUACCCCGGUGAUUACCUGCAUCCAGUGGUGUAUGCCUGCACAGCAGUCAUGCUGCUCUGUCUGCUUGUCUCCAUCAUGACCUAUAUUGUCCACCACAGUGUGAUCCGCAUCAGCAGGAAUGGCUGGCACACACUCCUCAACUUCCUCUUUCACACGGGGCUGACAUUUGGAGUUUUUGCCGGGGGCAUCAAUCAGAUCAACUUCCCUUUUGUGUGUCAAAUUGUUGGAAUCGUGCUCCACUAUGCCUCUUUGUCUACUAUGCUGUGGCUGACGUUUACUGCUAGAAACCUCUUUAAAGAUGUUUCCAAAGACCCACUUCGGACCAAGGACAGGAAUGGGCCGCCCCAGACUCGCACCAAACCAACUGUACUCAGAUUUUAUCUUGUAAGUGAUGGAAUCCCUCUCAUAAUUGUUGGAAUUACAGCAGCAUUUGGUAUGGAUAACUACGGCAGCAGGGAUGAUGCUUUGUAUUGUUGGAUGGCAUGGGAACCAAGCCUGGGAGGUUUCUAUGGCCCCAUGGGUCUUCUGGUCUUAGUCAUGUGUUUGUACUUCUUGUGCACCUACAUCCAACUGAAACGCCACCCAGAGAGGAAGUAUGAGCUGAGACUUCUGAGUGAGGAGCAGCAGCAGUUAUCAUCCAGUGAGUCAAACCAUCACUGCCACCCCGACACUGGGGGAGCUUCGGGGCUUGCUGGGGACUGUCCGCCAUUUGCAACUGGUGUGUCAGUUCUGGCCAAUGAGCACUCAUUUAAAUCUCAGCUCCGGGCCACAGCCUUCACUCUCUUUCUGUUCCUGGCUACCUGGGCUUUAGGAGCAUUGGCAGUAUCUCUGGGACACUUCCUGGAUAUGAUAUUCAGCUGCCUGUAUGGGGCUUUUUGUGUCACUCUAGGACUCUUCCUUCUCAUCCAGCACUGUGCCAAACGUGAUGAUGUAUGGCACCGCUGGUGGGCUUGUUGUCCAUCUAAGUCCAAGACCGAGGACAGGAAUGGAGAAGGACAGAGCCAGAGGCAAGAGCUCCAUCAGCCACACUGCCACCUGAGCUCCCCGUGCUCAGGCAAGCAGCCACUACUCUCUCCUCAACUUGUGCAGAGUUCUUACAACAAAAUGACACCCCCUCCACAGAGCCCCACACCCAAUCACACAGGUCCAUGCUGCGUAACCAUGUUGGGUCCCAUUUCCCCAACCCCCAUCUCACCUAUCACUGAGUCAGUAACCUCACCACGACCACAGACGCUUUCUGACGAGCUUCCUCGUCCAACUCUGCCUCUACAGAGCUGCCUUAAUAACAGAACAAAGUCACGCUCCUUCAAUCGUCCACGACCAUGCCUUCAGGACUACCGUUCUCACAUGAAUUCCAUUAGUAUGGAUGGGAGCAUGCAUAGCUCCCACUUGGACAGUCCUCAUGCUGCAUACCACUUUGAUGGCUCACCUCUAGUUUCCAACAGCCCACACCCAGACCUCCAGCUUCCCUGCCCCAGCCCUCACUUGGAUAAGCAGCUGGCUUCCUCUCACAGUUUGCAACGCCAGACCUCCUGUCACAGUGUACAAGACUCAAUGACUUCCUGCCGCAGCCACACACACAACAUGCAUGACAGCAUUACUUCCUGUCACAGUCUCCUCCAGCCCUCUCAUGGGGUCCACACCUGCCAGUGGCGCAUGUACAGUUCAGCUGAUCACUCUUCCAGUACAAGUUGCUGUGAGAAACCUGAUGCAUUCAAUUUACAAUAUCAGCAAGACCCCAACACAUACAGCUGCAUGUCAAAGAAAACUGACAAAGAAAAGGAUACUCUCUGCGUAGAGGUGGAGCAGCAAGGUUUCCCAAGAAAUACUCUGCCUCGACAGCACGCCACUGUCAACCGACGAGGCACCAUUGGCCGAAAUAGGAGCCUGCAAGAAGACAGUCUGUUUGGUUCUGAUGCCACAGGAAACAUACGAACUGGCCCAUGGAAGAAUGAAACCACCGUAUAGUUCUAUUAUGCUUGUACUUUCCACUCCAGCAGCCCUGUAAUUGAAUCGCCCCGUAAAUGUUUUGGUCUCAAUGCCUUCAGCUUUGUCCUUAAAGCAUAGGUUCAGUUUUCAGUGAGGCCUUCAGUCCUGAUGAUACUUCAGUACCCUUUAUGACAAACUUAUAUUCAAGUGUGUUACUAAUCGUUUUUUAUAAGAAACAUUCAAAUGCAAGAAAGGUUGAAUUAAUGUUGAAUAAAUUCUUUGCUCCAAGCAGUUUAAAGUUGCAAUCAGUAUUGUAUGUCUCUCUCAAGAGAGACUUUAGCUCAGUAGUUUAUUUUGGUCACAACAACAAAGUUGGGACCUUUUAUUCUAUGGAGUGUGUAUCAGCUGCUCCACAAUACUUCAAAUACAUACAGGUCAGGUAAAUGGAAUAAUCUUACUUAGAAGAAUUUACUGAUUAAAAACUUGGAAAACUAAUAGACCAAACUCAAUGUGCAUAAAUCUAUUUUCAAAAGAAUAUAUACCCAAUCUAAAUAGACCCACAAACAGACUAAGGAUAUAGGAUAGAGGUGAUGGAGAGUCCACUUGGAUCCCCUUAGGAAUCAGACAAAUUGAUAUACAAAAAUGAGACCUUCGACAACACCAUGGUACCUUAUCUGAUUAGACUGAGUACCAGACCCACCCGGCCCAGGAUCUCAGGUCCUGAGUUGGGUCUCAGUUACUAGAAACUGCAUUGACCUUGCCCUUGACCAAGAAACUAGAAUUACACCAUUGUCUGUAUCUGUUCAACCAACUAAUCAGUAUCCAUAUCUAUACUUGGACUGGUGGCGUAAACCAGACAUGGAUGGGACUGACAGAGGUUGCCAAUUUAAGUCUGAAAUUGAUAUGGGUUCAUCAAAAGUUGCUAUAUACUGUAUAUCAGAAAACUAUUUACAGAACAGCUUUAUUUUUUUAUAACGAUUAUUUAUUUAUUUAUUAUUAUAUAUAUUAAAGUUGUUUAUUAGAAAAUGCAUAAUGACAUAUUUCACUCUGAUGAUACAUUAUCGUUUUAGCCGAGUACUCGCUCAACUUAUAUUUGGACGACCUAAAACUGACAUCAAGAGGGAGAAAACACCAACACAGGUAGACAGAAAUUAAUGGACGGGCAUGGCCAAGAAGCGCAAUACAUCGAGUCAUUAAAUUAGACUGAAUAUAAUUUGAACCUGCCCUGUCUCAGGUCCCCAGUUGGGUCAAGAAUGCCAGAAAACAAGUCAAUCUGUAAAGACUUAUUUAAGAACUUAAACGGUGGUAAAAUAUUACUGUUUGCACCUUUAAAUACUUGGAUUAAUCAUUUAACAAAAACUAUAUUUGUUAAUGUUAUUACAUUUCUAAUAGCAUUGCUAGACACAAUAUAAAUUUAUGAGUGGUUACACGUGAAUCAGUGUGAGCAUGUGUUUUUUAUGUGCAACUGUGCAUGAGUAGGUACAUACAAAUGUGGUGUGUUUGUGCUCUAUGUGUUUAUGAUUAUGGAUCCGCCCUUGCAGAAUUUUGCAUUUAUUUACCUUGAUAAAAUUAAUUUAUGAAGCCUAUGAAGAUUUUCUAUGGAGACACUUUAUGUAUGCUGCCAAAUGGAGUCCAAUAGACUCUUGUCUGACAAAUAUUGCACUAGUAUGUACUACAGUAACCCUCACAUGGUGAGAUCAUAAUUCCAAAAAAAAAGUGCAAUGUGCUACAAAGCACAAACUCUGUAUAGUGCCAAAAUGAUGUGCCAGCUUUCACUGUGAUGAUGAGAAACUACACACAACUCAUUCUCAAUGAGUUUUUAGAGAUCAUACAGUUUGUAGCAUCAUACAAACUUGAACUCAGGUUUUCGAAAAUCAUCAGCAACCCUUUCAAGUCGUUCCAGAAACUUCCAUAUGUUUUCACCACUGAGUUGUUUCAUGACGCUACAUUAAUUAAAGCAGCUCAUUUUCUGUUUCAUAAAGCAGUUUAAAUGAGUCUGUGUGCCAGUGUGACAAGCCAUCAGUCAGACUGAAACAGUCUUCUACACUAACACACUUGUUUACUUCAUGCCUGAGAGAUGCGAAGACAGAUCAACCCCAUGACUGUGUUAAGUGUUGAGCUAAAGCCAGGAGGUGAUUAGCCUAGCUUAGCAUAAAGUUCAGGCCCCCUAAAGAGUUGUCAUGUUUACAUUUUGGUUUGUGUAUGGAUUGAAAAAAUAAAUGUGGCGUGUUAAUUAGUGAGCUAGAUCACCUCCUAGCACCAUACUAGGGCAGUGAAAGGUGUAUCAAAGGUGCAUCUUGGGAAUAGUAGUUUGACAAAAUAAUGUUAAGAGCUUUUAUCCCCGUCUCACAGCCUUCAUUAACAAAUUCAAACUGACCGCGAUAUGUAGUGAAUCAUAUUUGUGUCACCUUUUUGAGCACAUAAUGGGACAUGUUUAGCACAGAAAAAUAAUGAAAGCAGUUUUGUAGAGAAAUGUAAAGAAUUAUAUGCUGUGUUAUGCGUUCUCAGACUUUUGCUCAAAAUAUUCCAUAAUGCAUUUAGAAACAAGACACAAAUAUGAAGCCAGAAAGAUGCAGUUACAGAAAGAGCUAGAGAAAGUUAGGAUUAUUUUGUCAGGUCUGAUCCUGGGUCAGUUUUCUAGGAUUACUGAAAUCAGGCUUUUCACGGUGAGCCCUGCUUCUCCUAGUCAUCUUUAUAAAACAACUCUCUGGUUCAUGGUAUUUAUUGGCACAAGUGGAACAAGUGCAGAAGUCGCUCAGUAAAACUCAUCCAUACAUUUGAAUUUACUUCAUGGCGAUAAUCAGGCCUCCAUACCAGAACUAGUGUUACUUUAAAGAGUCAUAUCACUCUGUUAUACAGUGUAUAUUGUGAGUUAAACACAGAUGUUCACUUAUAUGUCAACAUAUCCCAGUUUGAUGUAGGCGUAGGUGUGAUCAUCUACGGACACUAACCCUGAGCCUGACGUUGAUGACUGUGUACAUGUGAUGUGUCGUCAUGUCCCACUGUUGCGACAGCUUAAGGCCUCAUCCCAGACCGAGGACCGGUUCACCUGUUAGUGUUGAAAUGACACUGAAGGAUGCUGUCCAAACAUGAAAACAUUUUAAUGUGACAUUUUUCAUUUCUCACUUCUAUUGUGGAUUUUUUCUUUUACACUCGGCAGUGUAAAGAAACAAUGUGACACCUUGUAAAACAAAGGGAGUACCAAUAUGAGCACUGUGUUGUCUGCACUAGAAAUAAAGAUUUACUGUGA